CGGCCGGCGCGGGCCAGAUCGCGCGUUCCGCGGAGCCGUGGCAGGCAGCAUGGAGGGCGGGCGGCGCAGGGAGGCCGCGGCGGCCGCGGUGACGGGGGACGGGCCCGCGCCCCCGCCCGUGUUCACCCUGGAGGAGGUGGGGACACACAACUCCAACCGYGAGGCCUGGCUGGUGAUCCACGGCCGCGUCUACGAUGUCACCCGGUUCCUGGAGGAGCACCCAGGUGGAGAAGAAGUGUUGCUYGAACAAGCUGGCAGAGAUGCCACGGAGAGCUUUGAAGAUGUGGGGCAUUCCUCRGAUGCCAGGGAAAUGCUCAAGCAGUACUACAUUGGGGAGCUCCACCCGAAUGAUCGGAAAAAGGAAGGUUCUAAGAAUCCGAGUACGACAUCCUCAGGCCAAGCAAGUUUCUGGUCAACAUGGCUGAUCCCCAUCUUCGGAGUGCUGGUCUUAGGUUUAAUGUAUCGUUAUUAUAUGGUGGAUGGGAAAAGCUCCUGAGCUGGCCUUGCUGGGGCCUCAGACAGCCUGAAAAGAGGGAGAGAGAGUGUAUGUGUGCAACAUGUGGAGUUCUGCUGCCCUUAACCUUCCUGCCUUGCUUUUAGCUCUGAAUCUGUCAGGUGAUGUUGAUAUCCAUGGGACCAAGCUAAUUCCAAACUCUGUCCUAACUCUGGGACCCACAGACCUGUUGUACUUCCCUCUUGCAGUGGCAGGGAAGGAGGAACUUCUGGUAUUCCCUAACAUUGGUGUGGUGUCCCUCAUGCUCUCUCUCUCGCUCUCUCUUGCUCUCUGACAUAACCCCCAGACAACCUUUUUCUCUCAAUGCCUUUGCGUUAAGCCAGACACCAUGAAAGAGCUGCCCUAGGCCUGUGGCUCUGCCUCAGCCCUUCACACAGCUKAGAAUCAUCUGCCAGUUUUCUUCAGCCCUUGCCAGAAACGAUGUCUGGAGCUUUGGUUCUGCAGGAACAUUCCCAGGGCGUGCAGGCAACACUAAUUGGAGCAGCGGGGAAUUGUUAGCGUGGCCACCUCUUUCUGUACCUGUCUGUUUUUAACGGUUAAACAAAUACAUGGAUUUUAAAAGUGA